AUGCAGCUAAAUGACUACAUGGAAUGUGAGCAGGCUAAAAACGCCACUUCACGCAUCUCAGUACGAGGCCAAAGGAUAUCUCAUGACCACGAUGAAAGUACACAGAGGAUAUCUCGUGACCAUGAUGAAAGUAAACAGAGGGUAUCUCACGACCACGAUGAAAGUCAACAGAGGGUAUCUCAUGACCACGAUGAAAGUCAACAGAGGAUAUCUCAUGACCACGAUGAAAGUAAACAGAGGGUAUCUCAUGACCACGAUGAAAGUAAACAGAAAAAAUCAAAUGACCAUGAUGAAAGUAAACAGAGAGUAUCUCAUGACCAUGAUGAAAGUAAACAGAGGGUAUCUCAUGACAAUGAUGAAAGUAAACAGAGGAUAUCUCAUGACAAUGAUGAAAGUAAACAGAGGAUAUCUCGUGACAAUGAUGACAGUAAACAGAAUAUAUCUAUUGACCAUGAAGAACGUAAACAGAGGAUAUCUCAUGACCAUGAUGAAAAUAAACAGAGGAUAUCUCAUGACCAUGAUGAAAGUAAACAGAGGAUAUCUCAUGACCAUAAUGAAAGUAAAAGAGGAUAUCUUAUAACCACGAUGAAAAGGGUAUCUCAUGACCACGAUGAAAGUAAACAGAGGGUAUCUCAUGACAAUGAUGAAAGUAAACAGAGGGUAUCUCAUAACAAUGAUGAAAGUAAACAGAGGAUAUCUCAUGACAAUGAUGAAAGUAACCAGAGAAUAUCGCUUGACCAUGAUGAAAGCAAACAGAGAAUAUCUCAUGACCGUGAUGAAAGCAAACAGAGGAUAUCUCAUGACCAUGAUGAAAGCAAACAGAGGAUAUCGCUUGACCAUGAUGAAACUAAACAACAGCGUAAAAUAGAAUGA